CGGCGGCGGGCGGCGCGGGUGGGCGGCCGCGGGCGCUACCCGCACAGCCUGCAGUUCUACCUGGCGCCGCCGGCCGAGAGCGUCUCGCUCGCCGAGUUCGAGAGCUUCGCCGUGGACCGCCUGCGCCUACUCAAAGUAGUUGAGAAUCUUGGUGUGAAAUACCUGAAAGGUACUGAUGACUACAAAAGCAAGCUGGAACAUGAACUUCGAAAACUUAAAUUUCCAUAUAAAGCUUUGGCUGAAGAUGAUUAUGAUGCAAGGAGGAAAGACCACAUCUCUCAUUUCAUACUGCGUCUUGCUUAUUGUCAAUCUGAGGAUCUCAGACGUUGGUUCAUUCAACAAGAAAUGGACCUCUUCCGAUACCGGUUCAACGAGCUCUCUGACCCUUUGGUUCAACAAUUCCUGGAAUAUGUUAACUUGUUAUAUGAACCUAUUAGUGAAGAAGUUAAAGAGAGACUCAAAGAUGAGCUGUUUAUGUCAACUCCUGGCUUGAGUGCAGAAAAAGGAAAAGAACAGGCCUUCUAUAAAAUUCCUCUUCAGGAUGCCCAGGAUUUAAUUAGAGUAAGAAGAGUUUUACUUAAUUACGGAUUUGCACUCGUGCCACAUCAGGAUAUGGUUGUAAUUAUCUUGAAUAACUAUAGAACGAAACUCUCUAAAGCCCUGGCACUGACAGCACGAUCCUUGCCUGCUGUACAGUCUGACGAGAGACUUCAACCUCUGCUUAAUCACCUUAGCCAUUCCUACAUUGGCCCAGAUUACAGUGCACAAAAAAAUACUGGAAAAAUUUCACUAGAGCAGAUUGAUGCUCUCUCUGUUAAAUCAUACCCUAUCUGCAUGCGGCAAUUGCAUAAAGCCCUACGAGAAAACCAUCAUCUCCGUCAUGGAGGUCGUAUGCAGUAUGGCCUGUUCUUAAAGGGAAUUGGCUUAACGCUGGAACAAGCUCUGGAAUUCUGGAGAUCAGAAUUUAUUAGAGGAAAAAUAGAUGCAGACAAGUUUGACAAAGGAUAUGCCUACAGCAUCCGCCAUAACUAUGGAAAAGAAGGCAAAAGGACUGAUUAUACACCAUAUAGCUGCAUGAAGAUUAUUUUAUCCAAUCCACCAAGUCAAGGGGAUUAUCAUGGAUGCCCAUUCCGCCACAGUGAUCCUGAGCUGCUGAAGCAGAAGCUCCAGUCCUACAAGAUCUCUUCCACUGGGAUUAGUCAGAUUUUGGAGUUAGUGAAAGGUAUGCAUUACCAACUGGCCUGUCAGAAAUACUUUGAGUUGACUCACGAUGUUGAUGAUAUUGGGUUCCCUUUGAAUCAUCCAAAUCAGUAUUUUGUGGAGAGUCAGAAGCUGUUAAGUGGUGGUAGAGAACUGAAGAAAGAAAUGAGUCAUCCAGGAAGCUCUCAACUAAAACCCACUAGUCAGGAAAGUACAAAUUCAAGUUCAGCUACUACUACUUCAAACAAUGAAGCAGAUACAGAACUGGAGGGACUGGAUGAAUACUUCGCUGAAGACUGAGAAGCUCUGAUUUUUAUGUUUCCCUAUUUUUUCUAUAUAAAAUAGAGCAAGCUCCUUGGCUUCCUGGAAAACACAGGCUUGUAACAUUCUGGGUUGGCUUAUAAAAGAAAAUAAGAUACAUAAAUGACAUCCAGUGCUCAUCUUUGUAAUUCAGGAUUCACUUGUCCUAAAAGACAGUUUCCCACUGUCUGGGUAAUGGGAACAGCAAGUUAGUUCCUACAUUUGUGGGAUAUUUUGGGACUUUUUCAAUUUGUUUUUGUGCUUGUGACCAUUUUGUUUGCUUACCCUGUUUUCCCACUUUUCAUUCAUUUUUUAUCUCUUUUAAAUUCUUUCUUAAUAAACAUAUAUAGAAGUG